GUGGGCGUGAGGUCAUCCAUUAUCGGAGUCUCUUCAGAAAUGAGUGGAGGAGUGGCCCGUGAAUGUCGCUCCGAGCUCCGAUGCAAUAUAGCCGACUGACUGCACCAAAGACGUUUUUACCUCGAGUGCGUGACCUUUCUGCUACUUGAUGUGUCAAAUUUGGCGGGGGUCUCUACAGCAGUUUGUGUGAUUUGAUGAGAGGAUCAACAUUGCAUUAUUUUUGGAUGACACUGACUUAGUCAGACUCACUUCAACACAGAAACUUAAUAAUAAUUGUCAUUCCUUGAUUGAAAUCACAUUUAACUUUUCGGACUGGAUUUUCAAAUUUGUGGACCAAACGCAAUUGAAACUGAAUCUAAAGUAAUUGUCACUGGAUUUUCAUCCAUCAUCACUUGAGUUGAUACUGAUAGUCAGUGAACUUUUCAUUUGCAGGGUAUGAUCAUCAUCAUAUCUCAUGUUAUGAGGAUUGUCAACAUGACUUUGUGGAGAAAAUAAUACGUUCUUCACUUCUUUCUUUUCAAAUUAUCUGCUUCUCAUCGAUAAUCUGCACUCUGCAAAGCAGUGAAGCAUAUCAAUAGGAAUGGAUUAUGAUUCACUUGAAUUAAUAAAUACAUUGAUAUUCAAGUGACUAAUUGUACAGGAAUUUCAAACUUUGUUUGAACAGUCGAUGGACUUGCUUCGACAUCAAGAGGACUCUCACAGGAACUUUUAUUAGAGCUGAUACAGCAAUGGAUGAUAUUUUUUCACAAAUCCGUGAUGGGAAUGCAGUGCACAUCAGAGUUUGGUUGGACAAGGUUGAAAAUGAUCCAAACCAAGGAGAUGAUCAUGGAUUCAGUCCAAUGCAUUGGGCAUGUAAGGAGGGUCAUACCAACAUUGUUGAUAUGUUAAUAGGACGAGGUGCUAAGAUCAAUGCCACCAAUAUGGGUGAUGAUACCGCCCUUCAUUUAGCUGCUGCACAUGGUCAUAGGGACAUCGUUCUCAAGCUUAUUCAGCACAGAGCAGAUAUCAACGCUAUGAAUGAACAUGGGAACACACCUCUUCAUUAUGCUUGCUUUUGGAAUUAUGAACAGAUUUGUGUGGAUCUGAUCAAUAAUGGUGCUCUAGUUGCUCUUUCAAAUAAAGAUGACGAUACACCAUUGGACAAGUCCAAGGAUGAAGUAGCAAGGAUGUUACAAGAAAAAGCAUCAGCCAUGGGCCAAGACUUGUCAAAAAUACAGUACAGAAAUAACUGGAGUGGUACAAAGACAAGAAGUCGUGAUGGAACCUUGUCGAGAUUUGCUGGAAUAGAUCUGAAACAUGUCAAGUUACAGAGCAAGAUCAACAGUAGUCCUACUGGGGAUAUGUGGAAGGGUAUAUGGCAAGGGACUGCUGUCAUGGCUAAGGUGCUGAAGGUCAGUAACGUGACAUCUCGUAUCUCAAGAGAGUUUGGUGAAGAGUUCCCACGGCUACGUAUCUUCUCACAUCCAAACAUACACCCAGUGUUGGGAUGUGUCAACCAGCCACCAAACCUUGUUGUGUUGAGUGAGACUCUACAGCAUGGAUCUCUCUUUCAUGUUCUACAUGAAGCUUCAGGUAUUGUUGUUGAUCAUGGUCAGAUGGUAAGCUUUGCAUUAGACAUUGCGAGAGGUAUGUCUUUCUUACAUGCUAUGGAUCCCCUCAUCCCAAGGUAUUAUCUCAACAGUAAAAAUAUCAUGAUUGAUGAGGAGCUGACAGCUAAGAUCAACAUGGGUGAUACAAGGUUCUCCUUUCAGAACAGAGCUAAACUCUUCAAUCCUGCCUGGAUGGCACCAGAAGCCUUACAGAGGAGCCCUGAAGAUAUGAACUCUCGUUCUGCUGAUAUGUGGAGCUUUGCUAUCUUGAUUUGGGAGCUUGUUACUAGGGAAGUACCAUUCGCUGGUAUGUCAUCUAUGGAAGUAGGCAUGAAGAUUGUUGGAGAAGGUCUAAGGAUUGAUAUCCCUCCAGGGACGUCACCUCACAUGAGCAAACUCAUCAAGAUAUGUAUGAACGAAGACUCUACCAAACGACCUAGGUUUGACAUGAUCAUGCCCAUCUUGGAAAGGAUGCGGCCUGUCUAGGAUCAUGGCCAUACUGGCGCCCAAGGCCCACCCCCUGCCCUACUACUUGCCGGGUUCUGGUGAUUGAUUGCUGCUCGACGCCACCCCUUUCCACCAAGCAAGCUGCUCCUAUGGGGUGAUGAUGAUAAAGGGUGCUAUUCCCUUUCUGUAAAGGUAUAUCGUUAGAUAAGGUUCAGGAUGGUUAGAUUCACUUUAGUAAACCCCUUCUUAAUGGGACGCUCCUAUCUAGGGUUUAGAUAGCCAGAUAGAUUAACUAAAUCCAGCUAUAUAGCAGGUGUUGCAAACAAAUAUUUGCAAUCAAUUGCAAAUAUCAGGUGCAAAUUUACAAGUGAUAGAUCAAUUUAAAUACAGAAGCAAAUCAAUGUAUACUUGUUUAUGCAAGAAGCAGACCACCCAUCAAUUGCAAAUUUGCAAUAAAAUGUUUGAUUUUCAAUUGAUUUGGUGACCUGAAAUUGGCUUGCAUUCAAUUGCAAGUUUCUUGCAACACCCCAUUAGAGAUGGAUCUAGACAGAAGAGUUAGAACAUGAUUUGACUUUCAAAUGUAAAGUAAGUUGUCACAUGGUUUCUUCAUAGAGGAAGAUUUGUUCAAAACACCAUACCACCGGUAUCUUUAAUAGGGGUUUGGGAAAACAGAACGAAAUAGCAUUUCAAUUAUGAAGACCAAGAAAUUAAGCUAGACAAGGAACUGUUCAGCAUUAUAUGGAAAUUAGGUUUAGUGUAAAUGGAUAUUUGCCUGUGAUUUCAUACUUUCCUUCGAAAAUGGAAUUCCUUCUAGAGGCCGACAAUCCUUACGUUUUGUAACAAAGCACAGUGGUUGAAAUUCGCAUAUAGUUUAAGACAAGGGUUGGUCAGUGAUAUUAAGAAAGCAUUAUGUGACACAAUUGUGUCAUACAUUGUAUCUUCCAUUAAACAAAGCAAGUAUAAUUUGGUAGAUCUUCCAAUACACUACAUAAAUUGUUUAUUGAUUACGUUAACAAUUAAUUUCAUUGUUUUCCAUGAACCACAAAACCUCACAAUUUAUUUUUAUGCAAUUAUUGUAGAUAUUUAUUUCCCUGUUUCCUACUAUUUUGGUCUUUUUGUGUAAUGAUGCAUGAAAAAUGACUGCCUUGAGCAUAUAUUUCUGAUAUAUUUCUAUUUUCAAUUAUGAAUAUUCUCACAAUGGAAUGUGAAUAAAUAGUGAUUAGUGUUUAUAUUUUUAGGAAAAUGAUGAGUGAAUGCUUAUGAGCCUUGAAUCAUUUAAAUAAAUUCACUAAAAUUUACAUGUUCUAUCUUCAUAUGGAAAUGUAUUUAAAUCAAAUUACUAAGAAAGCUUAGAAAAUUUCUGUUGACAGGAAACCCCAAUUGCAUGCUUGUCAUUGUUGGAUGACAUAAAGGAAUAUGAAUUGAGAUGUAGAGUAAUUCAAGGAAUGAAAUGUUGGGACUGAAUAAUAAUUAAGAUUGAAUGUAUUUAAAAUGAAUGCAUGUAAAAAUGUUGUCCAUAUCGGUGAGACAAUUUAAUAUAUUGUGAUUGAAGUAAAGUGUCACUUACGGUAUGUCAGGAAAACAAGUUUUCAAGUGGUUAGUCUUUGUAGUAUCAGAUGUCAGAUGUGCUCACCCAAGAAAAUUGAUUUAGUGGGUAAAGGAAUAGAUUAAGAAUAGAUCUCUAAAUAUUUACACAGUACACAUGUAAAAACCAUGUGCUUUUGAAAUAGGAAUAAAUAAAUUUGAUAUAUAAAGUUGCCCCAAUAGGUCUUAUACAGGCACAGUUGGUUGCAAUAACUAACAGUCAAAUUUAAAGUUAUUUGUAGAAACCCCUGAAUGUAUGUAUGUCCGGCCUGCAGAAACAAAGAGGCAAAAGCUCGCAAGGUAAAAACUAUUAUGAUUGUGAAAAGAUGAAAAUUUGUUUUAAUCAGGGGAGCGUGUCAUCAAUAUUUUUGUCCCACAAGCUGUCGGAUCUGACAAUUUUCCUUGGUAUUGAUUGGCUGAGAAGCACUGUUAAUAUGGAAACUGUAAAUGGGACUUGCCUGAUAAAGCAUCAAAGAAGUCCUUUCAUGAAACACUACCCAGAUGAAUCUUUUUACGGAUUGUCAGCCAUUUAGGGGAACCCAUUCUUCAGGUUUUGCAUUUCAAGUGUGGAAUUAUAUUUAAAUGCAAGUCCUUGUGCAAGAGACAGACUCACAUUCAUUGGUCACAUGUGAUGUUAUAUGGUGCUAUUAUUUAAUUGUUGAUCGAGUGUGUUGAAAUGAUGCAAACAGAAUGAAAACAAUGGGAUUUCAGAAAUAAAGGAAUCACAUAUCAUUUUAUAUCAGAGGGAUGCCGCUUAUCAGGCAUGAGCAGUAUAUUUUCAUCCAUUGAAAGCCCUUUUCUUGUGUACAAAAAGGUUCAAUCCGCUUGAUUUUCAGGACUUAUCAGUUGUAAGUGACGUAAUUGCUGAUAUUGGUUUAUUGAUGGAUACUGUAAAUAUACUAAAUCUGUGGUCUUUCAAUGAGCUUUUUAUCAUUUAUACACAUUCAUUUCAUAGGAAAAAUGUAUUUCUUUCUUUGCAAAUGUAUGAAUGAAAAUUGUGAAACCAUCAAAUUUUUAUUAGUUUCUGAGACACAAACAAAGUAAUUCUUGUGUGAAGGGUACCUGCCUACAUUUCCAGAUUUCAAAUGAAUUCAUGUGUUAUGUGAGCAUUACACUGAUAGGUUACGCAGGAAUUGUAAAAGCAAGGCGUUUAUCUACAUUUGCCACUCUCGACCCAGGUGUAGUAAAUGGGUACCCGGUAGGAAGGAAUUCCUUGAAUGCUCGAGCGCCCGAUCAGGGUAGCCGUGCUAAAACCAGGGUAAUAGUAUGCAGCGCUUUGAAACAUUAAGCUCUAUAAAUAUGUUGUUAUUAAAGGCCCUUUUUAAAAAGAAAGUUUGUUUCCUUCAGUAAAAAUCAAUGGGAUAUUUUUCCAUCAGUUUCCCUCAUCACAGCUUGCCAUUUAUCACUUGAUUAUUGUAUUUCUCUACCUAAUGUUUACAAUGUAAGUGAUCAUGUAAUCUUUAUUUAGGGCAUACAUUCUUGUUAUGGAUAUCAACUUUGUUAAUUAAGCCACAAAUAUAUUUAUUUGUAAUUUUGUGCCAAAUUUUAAUAGUUCAUCUUAUUGUACCCAUCUUCCUCCACUGUACAACUCAAUGUUUAAUGUCUUCUUUUUUAAUGCCGAGUUUAGAUUACAAAAUAACUCUUUUGUAUCAAAUCUUCACUUUGUGCCUAAUGUAAUUCUUCAUGUUUGUAACCAUAUUUCACUAUUUCACUCUAGUGAAGAUUUUUUAAAUAUUGAAUACAGUCUUGUGUCAACUUUUCCCUAGGUGUUCCCUAUCCUUAAUCUAAUGCUAGGUAGUUCAGUGGUUUUCAUAUAUAUAAACCAUGAUAGUGAUGUACAUGUACAUGUGCUAUGAACAAGGGUGGUGCCUCAGGUGGGGGGUAGGGGCCAUCUCCCUUCUGAUUUUUGAAAUAGUGAAGAAAAAAAAGAAGAGAGAGAGAAGGGAAGGAAGAAGAAAGAACAAUAUAAAAAAGAGCUCUUGGAAAUGUGACUCUUAAAAACCCCUAUUUAUGAUUUUUUUUUUAAUGGUCACCCUGGUCAAAUACAUGUAACCUGGUGCUACCCCCAGCUAUAAACAUUUUAAUAUGAAUCAUUAAUUCAUUCAUAUACUGUGCUUUACUCGCUGCCAAUUUUCAUCAGCAAUAUACCAUUCGUUAUUUCUGUAACAUCAUUCUUUAUUUCGUAGUAUAUAGAUAUUAUAUGUCCAAUAAAAAAAAUGUCUUGUUUAGAAAGAUAUUUAUACAGUAUAUUAGAUUUAUACUGCAAUUUAGUUGACCAGUGUAGAAUUACAGAAAUCAGAUUUUUCUGAAUUAUGCUGUGAUGUAAGUAAUUUUACACUCCUUAUACAUAUUUUAUGAAGCCAACAGUGAACAAGCUUUUUCUUACAUAGCACCUUCUCUUUGGAAUAAUUUGCCAUUAAAUGAAAAGAUAUAAUUCUUAGAGACUCUCAAAUCUAAACUGAAAUCUUUUUUUCUAACAUUAUUAGGUUCCUGGCCUUUUGACACUUAUCUAAACUUUAUUCUUUAUAUUUUCUUGUGCGUCUAGGCAUAGAAUAUAUCGACAUAGAUGGCGCUAUAUAUGAUUAUUAUCAUCAUCAGUCAAGCAGUAGAUGAUUCAAUUGUAAUAUAGUAAGGCAAAUAUAUUUCAAAACUGAAUAUGUCUAUGUAUAAUGUAAUGCUAUUAAUGAUGAAUGUUUGUAUAUUGUCUAAAUUCUAAACCCAACUACGUGACGACAAAUUUUUUAUUUUUUUUAUUUAAUGCAUCUCUUGAUACCAGGAACCAUUGAGGUAAACUUCCGUGCAGGAACAAUCAUCAAUAUCGUAUGUAAAUUUAUACUAUGAUAAAAAUAAAAAAAAACCUUCUUUUGCAAAGUCCUUCAAUAAUGAAUAAAUCUUUAUACACAUUUUGUCUUUUGCUCUGUAUAAACGUGCCUCAUUUUGCUGGUUCGAAAUCCGAGAUUGUUCAUUAUUUUAUGACCUAUAACCUUUUUUCAGGGGGUAACCUAUGAAGUUAUAUAGAUGGCAUUGAAAUAUUUAUAUUUAUAGUGAGAAAAGUAUAUUAAUAAUGCUUUCUUCUAUAAAAUGAUAAAUAAAUUUAAAAACUUUCAGCAAACCUGCCAAAUGAAUGCUUUGUUCUGUAUAAAGCUUGGCGAUUUCUAUUUAUUGAUUCCAUGUACCUUUCCUUUUGUUGUCAUGUAUAUAAUUGUUUAUGUUGCUUUUCAUUUUGUGUUUGUCUAUUUUAUUUACCAGUGUAUAGUGUAUUUUUAGAUGCACAUUUAUAUUUGCAUAUUUAUUUAUAAGAACCACCAUCUUCACUGCUUAAUAUUUCAUGAUAAGUGAAUCAACAAUCGUUGCUGUUAACCAUUAUGUGAAACUUAAAGGUUCUUUGUACCUUUACAAUUGUUUCAAAGUAUUUUAAAUGGCGAAAAUUAUAUUGUAUAAUCAGAUAUUCUGUUUGGUAUCAGUUACAGUUUUCCAGGUUUAUGAAAUAGAGUUUGGUAACUUGAGGCCUUUAUAAUGUAAUAAAAAAUUAUUUGUUUAUGCACAAGUUCAUUUACAUCAUUUGAUUGAAGGGAUACUUUUCAAAGAUUCACGAGAAGUAUAUAAAUAUAUUUUUCAUUUUUGUUUUUAAGUGCAGAUUUACUUGAUUAUUUUUUAUGGACUCAGGGGAAAUUUACAAAUAAAACCAACAAUAAAUAUAAAUUGCAAACACAAAUGUAAAUUAAAAUUGGCCAUUGCUUGAUCUCUUCUUUUGUUGACUAAGCCAAGAAUGAGAAAUGCCCAAUCGAAAAAGACGUUGUUUGAAAGUAAAAAUGAAAAAUCACCAUGCCUUAUUUAAUCAUUUGUGUGAUAUUGAAUAAGCCAUUUUGAAAAUGGUCAUUCAGUUAUUCCCAAUGACAAGAAAGCAUUUGUUGGUGGUUUAUAAUGCCUUACAAAGUUGAUUUAAAUCCUUUUGCAAGCAUUUUAAGAGCUGUGUGCUCGAUAUAUCAUGUAGAUAAAUUUUGUAUGUUGUAUACCCCAUCCAUUAGCAUGAUGGUUUGGAUAUGAGGAUAGAUUAAAAUUAGUUUUCUUGCUUUUAUACAAUA